GCAAAUUUCAAAAAUGUCUACUUUGCUGGAUAUGCCUGUAGAAAUAGGCAAACUAGUUUUGAAACGCAUGAAGCCCGUGGAACGACUGGUCUGCCGAAAAGUGUGUAGAAGCUUGAGAACCGCGGUGGACAGUUUUGGAAUUCGCUUCAAUAGUGUUUCAGUGGAUUUGUAUGAUGAUUAUGUUUUAAUGGACUUGAACGGAUUAAGCAUCAAAUACAAAAGUGAAGAAAAUGGGACCUCUGCUGUAUAUUGCAAUGGGAAACGUAUUGCCAGGGAAGAAGAUUAUUUGAAAGUAGCGUUCGAGGAUUUAAUGGCAGUAAUGGACCAAACCUCACAAUUGUGCUUCAGAAACAAAAGAAAAGAGCUUCUCAACAGCAUAACCUCCGUUACAGACAUUUUGAAAAAUAAAGAAAAUCUCUGCGUGAAGGAAAUAUUACUUAACACAUUUUCAUUUGAUGAUGCCUUGCUUAUUCUUCCGUGUUUCAAUGCUCAAGUCCUGGAAAGUAUCGAGUUAUGGGAAGCUGCUCCGAUUGACCAUUGUGAACGGCUCACCGGCUUGGACCAGUGGAAAAAUGCGAAACGUUUCCGAACUCACGAUUCUCGGUUCCAGAAUGAAAAAUUGCAAAUUGGACAGUUGUUUCAUUUUGAAAAGUUUCAAGUCGAAUUUGAUAAUUUCUCAAUUCUAGACGUUACGAAAGUCAAAGAGGAUCUCUUGAAAAGAAGCGAAUUCAAAGAAUGCUCUCUCAUAAUUGGUAGGUUCGAUUCAACGCCGUUCAAAAUUGCACAAUUAUUCAAGCCGGAUGUUGCUGAAGACAUGAAAUAUGAAAUCAAAUAUUCCGUGGAUAAUAAAAUAUUCGUGAUUUUUAUUAAUAGACAAGUGUUCUGCUGUGAGCUUAUGUAACCUUUUCCCCAAAUUUUUUUAUAUUACGAAUCUCAUAAUUAUCAAAACACCCACAUUCCACACUUUCCUGGCAAAAUAUUUGAUCCGAUCCUCUUUUCCUCACUAUCACUGAAAACCUUUUAUUAAAAAAAUCGCGUUUUUUUCUCCACUCGCAUUUUUCCAUUAACUUGUAUUUUUCCAUAAGUUUAUUCAUAAAAUCUUCGCUUUUU